UUCUCAGCCUCAAGGCCGCGAUCACGACAGGACUUUUUGGCACACCAGCCUGCUCAUUCCGAGUCUACGAUUCGCUCAACCAACCUCCUUCCUCAAGCUGUCCCUUUUGACUAGCUACGGUAAUUGACGCAGCCAAUCCAUUGUGAGAGUACCGCCGAGGCCCUCCAGUCUUGGCUCACAUAGAACCGGCUUGGAAACCGUUCACUGCUUUGACUCGGCGGGUCAAUUCUCACCUCGUGCAUUCUACGGCCACCACUGUCGAGUGAGACGAGGCCCAGAAUCCUUCUGGACGUCCUCCUGGGAUUGGCCAGGGCCUGCGUCUCAUGCGCCCGGCGGCGUGAAGCCUCGAGAAAGACGACAGAUCUGUCGCCUUUCAUUUCUUGCCACAUAUUCUUCCCUUCCUCAACCGACACUCUCCUUGCAAGAAGCCCCAGAACAACACCGUCUUCACUCUGAAUCGUCAUCAGUCGACUUCUCUCUUGACCUGCUUUUUCAUCCUGCAUAUCGACCCGAUGAUAUGGCCAUGCCUUAGCCAGCGCCAUCAAUCACGUUGAAAUAUGGCUAACGAACCGCCCGGUGAAGACGAGAUGGCGGCAAAUCACCGCACAAACGGCCACGCCGACAACGGCCAUGUCGUCGACCUCGAGUCGCCUAGUGCCGGAGGUGCUAGUGCCGCUCCCGCUGCUCCAUACAAGUUCACAUGGCUAGACCCUCACCCUAUCUUCGUUAUCAUCUUGGUUGGUCCGGGUGAACAGCCAUUUGGCAUCCAAAAGGACUUCCUUUGCUCCAAGUCGACCUAUUUCCGGAGUCACUUUGAGCGGAACCAGGAACAGGAACAGCAGAUUGAACAUGUGGUUCAUCUGCCAAAGACACCCGUCGAGGUCUUUGCGUGCGCGCAAAACUUCAUCUACACGGGCAAGGUCUUCCCCACCAUCGAGGACCUGCCCUCUUACGACAUUCUGAUCGGCGCCUGGAAGCUGGGCCACGAGCUGGGUAUCGACGGUCUCUGCGACGCCACGCUCGACGCAAUGAACCAGUGCCGUCGCGUCACGCAACACAUACCCGCCACGCCCCUACUCGUCCAGGUCUGGAAGGACACCCCGGAGGGCUCCUCCAUCCGCAAGCUGCUGCUUGAGUGGGCCGCCGAGUACAUGCGCUCGUCAGACUCGCGCGCCGAGUUCGCCCGCUCCUUGCCCCAAGAGGUUCUGAGCGAGCUCGUCGUUGCUAUGAGCUCCAUGGACGUCCCGUCGGCGCCUGUUAACCACCGCCCCCUCGCCGCCCCGCAGGCCCUGCCCGCCGAGCCCGACAGGGCCCCGCCGGUCCCCGACAACAUCACCACUCCCAACAACGGCAGCGGCAGCGGCAACAACGAUAUCAAUAAUAACCGCUAUCAACACCGUAAGAACGUGCACUACGCCGAAGACGCUGGUGACGUUGAGGAGAUCCCCGCGCGCCCGACCAAGCGCCAUCGCUAUUCGGACGUGCUGCCUAACGGGAACGCCGCCGGGUCGUCCCGGCCUGGCCCCGCCGCCAAGAGGCCCCGCGCCUCGCUGCCGGCUAACACCCGAGCGGCACCGGGACCGAAGCGCCGCAUGUCGGCGUUGAACGUGAACCAAAACUUCUCGACGGAUCAGAAGCUCGAUUUCUGCGCCGACCUCUUGACCCGCAUGUUGUCCGGCCCAGGCUUCUGGACCCGUCUGGUCGGUCCCUUUAAGGAGCAGGUGGACCCGGUCCGGGACGAGGUGCCCGACUACCUGUCGCGCAUCAAGCAGCCCAUGGACCUGGGCACCAUGAAGGCCAAGAUGGACUCGCGCGAGUACAAGACCGAGGUCGAGUUCCUCAACGACAUGCACCAGAUCUUCACAAACUGCUACACGUACUGGACCAAGAAGGACCCUAUGUGGGCCGCCUGCGAGAAGCUCGAGAAGACAUUUGAGGAGAAGUACUCGCAGAUGAACAAGUGGAUCGCCAAGAUGGAGGGCGUCGAGGCCUAAGAUGGGCUCUUGCCUCACCCAUCUUUUAGCCUGGAGAGUCCUACCCACCUCAGUCUGCACCUUGCUCAUUCUAUGACUCUGACAACACCUCGGGAUAUGCCAUGGAUGAAGACUGCACCUAUGAAGCGCCUCGGAUGGCGCCGCUGGGAGUUUGAUUCUUCCAUCGGCUGGGGCAACUAUAGCUUCAUGGAUGAGGGACCUUCUUUUUCGUUCCUUGUCUUGGACCCCCACUGUCAUCCCACCCCCUUUUCCCCUUGUUGUCGUUCAUCGGACUUGCCUUUUCCUUGUUCCUGCUAAUCGCACAUCAAGGAUGAAGGACAUGUGCGUCCGUUCGAGGAUGACAUUGCCUCAGAAACCAAAAUUGGCGAUUUGAUCGCCUCUUCACCCCUGUCGUUAUACUACUAUAACUGUACUUUUUCUUCCUUUUUUUGUCCUUCUUUGCGGUUGAGCAUAUACGAGGGAUAACUGGGGGUUUUGGGUCACUGGAGACGCGCUGUCGUCCUUCCUUCAUCCAUGGUUUUGUCACAUAGGUGUCUUUUUCAUUCCUGUUCAUUUUCUGCGCACCCCAUCUCGCACGUCAGCACCUGUUCCCAUUCCCCCUUAGUCAUUUCCCCUUCUCUUCUUUGCGUGAUACCUGACUGUCUGAAUGUAAUAAUAACUACCCAACCCCUUGUUUUUGGCUUCUACCUUUGGCUUUCAUCGGCAUCGAGAUAUCGUGCGGUAUUUAGCGGGUGUUGUCUUUUGAGUCUGGGCAAUUAAAACAUUGGCAUGUCCGAUUUGCAAAAGCCCGCCGUGUGUCCUAUUUCCCUCUGUCUGUGGAC